GCCCCGCGCACCUGCCUGGCCCACACCUGACAGAGUUGAAGGCACCUGCCCGGCCAGCACCCGCCGGGGCCACAGCGGCCCGCACUUCCCGUCAGGCCUCGUCUGUCCGCCCUUUGCUCUCCUUCCCCGCCGCGGCCCCUUCCAGGGUGCGUCUCUGUCGCCGCCCGGCCCUGCGAGGCUCGCUCGGGUGGCCCGAGAGCUGCACCUGGAAGAUGCGCCGGGGGACUGCGGGCACUUUGAAGACCGCGUUCUUCUUCUUUGCCUCCAUAUGCGCCUGGUAUUCCGGGUACCUGCUCGCAGAGCUCAUUCCAGAGGUAUCCCUGACCAGUGCUGUUUAUAGCAUCCGGAGCAUCUCCGAGAAGCCCCUCCUCAAGGCCCCAGCCCCUAAAAGGCAGAAAUGUGACCACUGGACCCCGUGCCCCUUGAACACCUAUGCCUACCGCUUGCUCAGCGGGGGUGGCAAGUUCAAGUAUGCCAAAAUCUGCUUUGAAGAUGAGCUGCUCAUGGGAGAAAAGACUAGAAAUGUUGGAAGAGGAAUAAAUAUUGCCGUUGUCAAUUAUAUGACUGGGAAAGUGAUAGCAACACGGCAUUUUGAUAUGUUCGAAGGUGAUAACUCUGGACCGAUGACGAACUUUAUUCAGAGCGCACCUCCAAAGUCCCUGCUCUUCAUGGUGACCCAAGAUGACGGCGCGAGCAGGCUGAAGGAGGACGCCAAGAAGGUCAUAGAAGCACUUGGAAGUAAACAAAUCAGGAACAUUCGGUUCAGAUCCAGCUGGGUAUUUCUUACAGCAAAAGGCUUCGAACUUCCGGCAGAAAUUCAGAGAGAAAAUAUCAACCACUCUGAGAGUGCAAGGAACAGGUACUCCGGCUGGCCUGCCGAGGUGCAGAUAGAAGGCUGCAUACCGAAGCAACCAAGCUAACGUCGCACGGCCUUAAUAAACUUGUGAUGUGUAGACCGUUGCGGUGUGGACUGGCCCAAGAAUCUUAGCCGACAGUCAAUAUUUGAUGACCAUUUGAGGUUUGUCUUCAAGCGAGCAGUAUUUGCUGGUUGUAUCCAGUCUUGGUACACAGACCGUUUAUGCCGGAAUUUCUCUAAGUGAAGGCAUUCGUGAGCUGGAAGACUGGAAUGGAUGGGAAUGGUGAGGGAAGGAAGGGAUGCGGCCUGGAAAGGAGAGGCUGGGGGAAGCAAACUCUGCUUGCCGGGGCGCGGGGCUGCCGUAGGAUCGGACCUGCACGUGAGCCCUGUGUGGCCCAGGCAGCUCUGCAGAGACACAGCCUCUCUCGUGUUAGCAGCAAGCACACCCUCCUUUCGGGCCGUCCUCUCCUAGGACACCGAGCACGGUCGGAGGGCUUGGCAACGCUGCCUCGGCCCACUCCCACUGAGCCCUGGGGGUCCGUGAACUUACUCAUUCACCCCACAAAUCUGGGCGCACCUGCCUUCUGGCAUUGGCAUCACAGUAGUGGAGGAGGCCCAGGCAGACGCGGGGGUGUCACACCAUGGGGCAGACUGCAGGAGCCCCGGCAGGUCCAGCAGGCUCUGCUCUCGGGAGGACAGCUAGAUAUACCACACUUGCCAGGAGACACAUUGUUAGAUCCAGUUUCCAUGAUACCCGCGCUUGGUGAAGGAUGUCUGACCACGCAUCUGAUUUGGGGUUCAGGAAGUCACGCCAUGGCCAAGUGCCCAUUCUGACACCCUUCCCGAGCCUGGCUCCGAAGUCAGGUUGGAGUCUUGCCUCCCAGAGCGUCUAGCGUUUCAUGUGGAAGGUGGAGGAGUUGGGAUGGGUGAAUGCGUUCAAGCAUCUGUAUCAGUAGGACUCCUUUCAAACACCCAGCAGCCCCUGGCGCCUUGAGUUUCGGCACCCUCAAAGUGUCAAACCACCCCAGUCUUCAUGGCUGACGAUGGUACCGAUUUCUCCUCAUAUCACAUGUGAAUCGCAGGUCGGCCCGGGCUUGGCCACCGGGUGCUGGGAGCCAGGCCAGAGGAGGGUCCCCGUAGGUAUGGAAGCCAGAAGGAGCAGAAAUCCCAGAUGCCCCCAGAGCACCUGGCAGGACACAUGUGAGCCCCACGUCCUUGCAUCCUGUUGCCCGGUGGUAUCGGGGUAUCAGCCAUGCAGGGACAGGCAGGGGUGAGUAGUUGUGAGCAGGCAUACACCGACCCUGCAGGCCAAGCCGGGCUCUGGCCCCGGGAGGAGCUGGCACCUGCCAGCCCGCUGCCUCGCGCAGUAGCCCCUCGGGGAGCCAGGGCCCCUCUCUGCAGAGGAGUCUGCAAACCCUCGGGUAGGACAGUGGCUCACGCCCCGUUAUGGACUAAAUUAUGUCCCCGCAAAAUUAGAUCCUAACCCCUGGGACCUCGGAAUGUGACCGUAUUUGAAAAUAGGGUCACUGUGGGUGUAGUGUGUUGGGAGGAGUAGGGUGGACGUGAGCCAGGGUCACCAUGUCCUUACGCAAAGGGGGACAUGGGCGCAGAGCAUGGAGGCAGAGGUCCGGGGGAUGCUUCCACAAGCCAGGAGGCCCCAAAGACACCAGCAAACCCCUAGAAGCCUGGGGAUAGGCUGGAACAGAGCCCCCUUGCGCCCGUGAAGGAAGCGCGGGCCGACCAGCGCCUUGGACUUCUGGCCUCCGGGGUGAGGGGGGUCAGUGUCUACUGUGUAAGCCGCCUGGUCUGCGGGGUCUGUAUGGCCACCCCGGGGAUAUGGCUACAGUUCCCUUUGGGUUCUAAACUCUGGCGCCUGCAGACAUUUCUGUACUAAAGGAAGGGGAAGGGAGUGUGUUUGUGCUCUGGCUGGAGUGACUCCAUUUUCAGAGCCCUGUGGAUCUUAGUUCACUGUCAGGGAUGAGGGUCAGGGCCUCCUGGCCAAGCCCGUCCCAGAAUUCUGUCCCAGGAUGGGAGGCUCCUGCCCCCGUCCCCGUCACCGACACAGCGCUGGGACCCCUCGGCCUCUGCUGGCGCCUGCGGCGGCCCUCACAGGUACAUCCCCACCUGAGGAACGGGCCCCUGGACCGUCCGUGUCCUGUUUGCUGCCUCCACGGGUCACUCUGCGUGGACGCGUCCCAGCCUCCCGGGCGCCAGCACUGGGGACGGCCCCUUGUCUGUUCUCACAGUGCCACCUGCCGACGCUCGGCUGCCAGGCUGACCGCCCCCCAAACAGAGAGCUUCCUGAGAAUGCCCUCCUCAGCUGCGACUUUGGCCAUAUUCCCUUCAUCAGGCUUAUGUCUUCUCCCCAAACGCUCAUUUUAUUCCAUUAAAUAGUGUGGCCGUCACCGGAAUGGCUUCCAGAACUUUAGCGCAUUAGAGAAUCAGGCCUGGGUCACUGCUGUGGGUUAGGCCCUGCUGCCGUGUUUCCAUUCGGUAGCUCUUGCUGAAGGGUCCUGAAAGCAUCCGCUCCACAGCCUGCAAGGGCGAGUUCCCGGCCGGGAGCAAUACCAGCAGUGGGACGGCUGUGCUGCCACCCCGCAGAGCCCCGGGUCCCCCACCAGCCGCCUCGCUGUGUCCUCCCCUUACUGGGAGGCCCCUCUGGCCCCCUGUGCGGAUGAGUUCAGGGGUCCUGGGUUCUGGACCGACCGGGAGGCAUGGGGAUGAGGCAGCGGGAGAGUGUGAGGGUGGUCAGUGGGGCGGUGGGCAGACCGGGGGCGGCGGCGGGGGAUGGCUGGAGCUCAGAGGACCCGUACGUGCUGUAAGGCAGGUGCAUGUCCUCCUGCACCUGCCCAGACCCUCUGAAUGCACGUCACCGGGAGUGCGCUUGACGUGAACUGGGGACUCCGGGUGAUGACACGUCAGUGUAGGUUUGUGGACUGGGACAAAGGAGCACUCCGGUGGGGAUGCCCAUCGCGGGGGAGGCUGUGCGCGUGCAGGGGCUGCAGGAAACGGGAAAUGUCUGUAACUUCUUCUAUGUUUUGCUUUGAAUCUACAACUGCUGUAAAAAAUAGUUUAGUAAAAAAAAAAAAAAAAAAAAAAAAAGCUGCCAAUGACCCAGAGGUGGGCAACCAGUCCUGAGCAUCCUAGUGGCCCAGCCCCCACCCCCAGGGCAGAGCAGGGGUGAGCUCUCCCCGGAGGAGGGCAGACCCUGCCCCUCCCUGUGGCAGGUUCAAGGACAGCAGGAGCGGAGUCUAGAAGCAGCCGCCCCUUCCAGGGAGGACACCAGGGCCUCAAGCCUCUGCCUCCCUGAAGAGGGGGAGCUUCCCUCCCACCUCCCACUCCCAGCUGCCUCAGCAUUUCCAUUAGCAAGAUGCCUCGGACUUGGAACGCCACAAAACUGAGAACAGAGCUUGUUCCUGACCAAGAACAGGGUGUCACCAGCUGGGGUGCUCCAGCGCCUUAGAGGACUCUGUCCCACCCAGCUCACACGCUGGCACUGGCCAGCCUGGGGCCAGUGUCCUGGGGACAGCACCAUGCUUGAGGGCUGACAGGACGUCCCAUGUGCCCAGCCCACCUGCUGUGGGCCCUCCGCUACUCCUCGCGCCCAUCCUGGGAUGAGGGCACCAUUGUUACCCCGCUGGAGAGAUGGGGCCCCGAGAGUGAAGAGGUAGCGGGCUCUGACCUCACAGUGCGUCUUGCUACGCACCCCACUGAGACACACAUCCCUCGAACCCCUGCCGGUCCUCGGGACUCCACGGAUCCCUCCGUCUCACUAACCCGAGUAGUUUGCAUGGUCUCACUGGCGCAGUUGAGAAUGCCACCUUGGAAGGACAGGGCCGUUGGAGGGUGGGUGCACGUUGGCUCCAGGGGCUGCGACCCUUUGAACACACUGGCUACCAUUCCACAGAGGCUCGGCAGGCCAGGUGGGGGUGCAGCCUUAUCCCUUCACCCCCCUGGAGCUGAGCAGAGAGCAACAUGACAGCUGGCCCUGCACUUUGAUGAGCAUGCCCCCCCACCCCACCACUGGUGGAUGGUGACCCUGUCCUGGCAGCUCCCUCCUGGAGAGGCCACUGGGAUGAGGCUCAUGUUGGUGGGGAUGCUCUUUGGAUGGCAGAUGGAGGCCCCCAGCUGCUCUUGCUGCCCCCGUGUAAGAUAGAGCCACUCUGUCCGGCUUCUCCAGGGCCUUCAUUGAGCCUUUCCUGCAGCUAUAGACACGGCCCAGGACUGUUCGAAAAGACAUGGGUGGUGACGCAGAAAAGCUUCGCACUGCGAAUGAGCUGCCCAGCUCCCCGCCUGCCGCUCUGGAGGAAAGGGCUCAGCGCACACAUCUCGAAGACUAUCUCCCCAAGACCUGCCAAGGCCAGGGUUCUAGAAACAUUUUUUAAGCCUUUAAAUUCUUUCUUUAAAGGAAAACCUGCCCAUAGGGGCAGUAAGUAAAAUGAAUGAGCAAAGAAGUGCUUGGGAUUUUUUUUUCCAUGAGUCGUAUACAAUGUUAGUUUCGAUUUUGGGGAGGAUCAGCCUGAGGCCUGCUUCCUCUUUCUUGUGCAGCCCUGGGGGCUCCUGGGGUUCCCCAAUAGCUGUGCUCCAGUGAUGGGCAUAGCUGACUCUUCCACUGAGUCACAGAACAGGGGACCUGCAGGACCUCUGGGCACAUGGCUGCACCUUUACAGGGGACAUAACCGAGGACCAGAAGGUCAGCCAGUUCCGGGCUGAGCUCCCAGCUGGGAGGCCCUGCAGUCUGGCCUCUGCCCUCUUCCUGUCCUGGAGGAGAGCUCUCCCAGGGCUGGGACCCACCAGGAGCGCGAGAGUGUGUACUGAACAAAUGGGUUAUUUUGAGGGAAGCUGCGGACUUCCCUCCUUUGGGUCUGCAGUGCUUGACAUGGCGAGAGCAUGACAAUGGUCAGGUGUGGUUCAGGCGUGCUGCAGUGGGACAUCUCAGAGCUCUCAGAUCACAGACCUGCGGGCAUGGCGGUGUGGGAGCCACCCGUGAGGGGCUAAGUUAAUCAGAAUGAAACCGAGUAAGACGGUCAUGUCCUCAGGCUCACUAGCCUCAUUCCAGAGGCUCCGGAGCCACGUUGGCGGCCCUCUGUAUUGGACAGAAAAGAACAGAAUAUUCCCAUCAUUGAGGAGUUUCCUCUAGGACCAUGCUGCUCUAAGUCACUGGAUCUCCAGUGUGGCCCGCCACCAGCCUCCCCAGAGAAGUCAUCCUCUGCAGUGCAGAUUCUCGGGCCCCACCCGGGCUCCGGGCAGCAGCCCCCUGUGUGCCCCAGCCCUCCAGGCCAAUCUGGCUGCAGCUGGAG